CAUUAUUUUCCAUCAUUUCUCAUCUUCUUUGCUCACAAGCAAAAAAGCCAUGGCUACACAAAUCAAGAAACCAUCACCUGCUUGUGCAAAAAUAAUAGAAGAAAUUACAAAAAUUUACAAAUCAUUACCAACAAGACCAUCAAUAGUAGAAGUUGAAGCAGCAAAUUCUGUACUAAAAUCAGUAGAAACUGAAGAAGAAAUUAAACUUGAAGAAAUAUCCAAGAAAGUAGAACCACAAGAUGUUCCAAUAGAAUUAUACUCAGUAUUACAACAAGUGAGAAAAUCCAUAGUUUUGUUUCAAAGUCAAGAACAAAAGAAAGAGUCAAUUCAGUUAAUUGAACUUGAAAAGACUUAUCAGAAUUUUGAUGAACUUAUUCAGAAGGCUUCUGAGUUGGUUUCUGUUGAGGACUCAAUUGGUGAAAUUGAAGAAAAAAUUGUGGUCAGUGAUGAAAAGAGUGAUAGUUUGAGGGGGUUGGUUACAAUUUCUGAAAAUACUGCUGUUUCCUCUUCAGGGAUCAAGCACGCAGAGAAGUACAGUUAUUUGAAAGUGGCCGCGCUAAUUGAAAACGCUGCGAAAACUGGAGCAAAGGCUAUUGAUCUUCACAACAAGUUAAUGGACAAGAUUGAAUGGCUUCCUAUGUCAUUAGGAAAGUUAGUAAAAGUCACUGAACUAAACUUUUCUGAUAACCAAAUUAUGGCUCUUCCCACUACAAUUAGUAACCUUAAAUCCUUAACGAAACUUGAUCUUCACUCCAACCAAAUUAUAAACCUUCCUGAUUCAUUUUGUGAGCUGCUCAAUUUGACUGAUCUCGACCUCCAUGCCAAUAGGCUGAAAUCGCUGCCAUCCUCUUUCGGUGACUUAACGAAUCUGAUCAAUCUUGAUUUGGGUUCAAACCGGUUCACUCAUUUGCCGGAUCUUGUUGGGAACUUAACCUCAUUGAAGAGACUAAACGUGGAAACGAAUGAGCUCGAGGAACUUCCUUACACAAUUGGAUUUUGCUCUUCACUUGUAGAGUUGAGGUUGGAUUUUAAUAAGCUUAAAGCUCUUCCCGCAGCAGUGGGAAUGCUCGAAUCUUUGGAAAUUCUUACGCUGCACAUUAACAGAAUUAAAGGAUUACCAACAACGAUGGGGAAUCUCUCUCGCCUGAGGGAACUUGAUGUUAGCUUCAAUGAAGUUGAAAACGUACCUGAAACGUUUUGUUUUGCUACCAACUUGCAAAAGCUUAAUCUUGCAAACAAUUUCGCGGACUUGAGAACUUUGCCAAGAUCAAUCGGGAACCUUGAGAAUCUUGAAGAGAUCGAUAUCAGUAACAGUCAGAUAAAAAUACUGCCUGAUUCCUUCAGAUUCUUGUCAAAGUUGAAAACUUUUCGAGCUGACGAGACUCCACUGGAAGUACCCCCAAGGCAAAUAAUUAAGCUAGGGGCUCAGGCUGUUGUGGAGUACAUGGCUGAUUUUGUUGCCAAGAAUGAAUCUCAAUCUCAGCGGCCAAAGAAAAGGAGAGGUUUCUUCCUCGGAAUUGCCCAUUGUUUUGGCACUGAGAGGAAGAGGCGGAUCUAGGGCCGGUUCUAUGGGUUCAACUGAAUUUCGGGCGAACUAUGUGUACAUAUGUGAAAAGCAUUUAAAUUGUAUACAUGUAACAAGAUCACACUCGUUUUGAACCCACUGACUUUGCAUCUUGGAUUCGCCUAAGUAAGAGGUGUCGGAUACCUUCAAGAUUAUCAAAGCAAUCAGGUUUCAUGACUUUAAUGUAUAUAUGUAAAUAAAAAGUUUGUUCAAGAUUGUAAGGCUAUAGCUAUAUAUUGCUUCAUUUAUUGUAGUGUACUAUAUGUACAUAUACACUGCAAACAUGUAAAUACUGUCUUUUAAGACUUGGACUGAGUGGAGAUCUUUUUCUCAGUAUAA